GAUAAAGGCGAAUAGUAUCUUUCCCAUCAUUUAAUGGUGCUGUAACGAUUAGCAUCAUUUGGUCACCUUUGAAAUUGAGGAUUUAAAACAAAGUUAUUAGUUUAAACAAUGCGUUAUCAUCCAAUUCAUAAAUCUCAAGACGACCGUUAUGGAAGUACACGCUCGUUCUAUCCACUAAACAUGUUUUCAUCAUCAGACGCGCUGAAUCCAUUUGCAGACCCUACUACUACAUUGAAUAAUUCAUCGCAACAUAGUCAACAAAUUACUAACAGUACUAAUCAACAUAGUAAUAGUAAUGUUACUGGACUAACUUCCUCGACAUUAACUGAAAACGAUCAUGGUAAUAAGUCGAAAUUAAUUGAUGAAAAAGAUGGUAUAUUGAAUGAUGAAAUGUUCACGGCAAAUUCAAAUGUUAAGUUUGAUGUUGGUGACAAUUGUGGGUUGCCUUUCCAUUCUCGAUUUCCAAAUAUAACAAAAGGUCGUAAUGGUGAAUUCUUAUCAUAUCAAAAUAUUAAUUCAAUCAAUAGUCAUUCUACUGGAGCAAUAUCGAAAGUUGAACAUUAUGAAGAUUUCGAAACUAUCGACUGGGUCAAAGAUGUUUCACGUGAUCGAUGUCGUCAUCGAGAACUUCAUUUGAAUAGGAAAACAUGCUGUGGUUCAAUUAAAGCCUGUUGGGAUUCUGCUUCUGGAUGGUUUUGUGUAUUAUGUGUCGGUUUGUUAACAGGUUUCAUUGCUUGCAUCAUUGAUAUUGGUUGUACUUGGAUGUCUGAUUUAAAAGAAGGUGUUUGUCUAGAUGCAUUUUGGUUCAACCGUGAACAGUGUUGUUGGUCAUCAAGUCAAGCGGAUGAUGUCUGUGAUCAAUGGUAUUCAUGGUCUCGUCUUUUUAUGAACAAAGAUCCAACUGGUGAAUAUCCAGAUGCUUACUUUGUUGGUUACAUAUUCUACAUUAUUUAUGCUGUAUUAUUUGCUCUAGUUUGUGUAUUUCUCGUUCGUAUGUUCGCUCCUUACGCUUGUGGUAGCGGUAUUCCUGAAAUCAAGACUAUUCUAGGUGGAUUCAUUAUACGUGGUUACUUAGGGAAAUGGACUCUUCUGAUAAAAUCGAUUGGUAUGAUUCUUGGAGUAAGUGCUGGUUUAAAUCUUGGUAAAGAAGGACCCAUGGUUCAUAUGGCUGCCUGUGUUGGAAAUAUAUUCGCACAUUUCUUUCCUAAAUAUGGUCAAAAUGAAGCUAAAAAACGGGAGAUCCUUUCAGCUUCAGCUGCUGCUGGAGUUGCCGUUGCAUUUGGUGCGCCAAUUGGCGGUGUUCUUUUUUCACUAGAAGAAGCUAGUUAUUAUUUUCCAAUGAAAACAAUGUUCCGAUCGUUUUUCUGUGCUAUGGUAUCAGCUAAUGUUUUGCGUAUUUUAAAUCCAUAUGGUAGUGAUAAUAUGAUUAUGUUCUAUGUCGAUUAUCAAGCACAAUGGCAUGUGAUGGAAUUAAUUCCAUUCGCUUUACUCGGUUUACUUGGAGGUAUUUUUGGUACAGUAUUCAAUCGAGCGAAUUUGUAUAUCUGUCGUUUGCGUAAAACCACCUGGUUAGGUAAAUAUCCUGUUCGUGAGGUACUUAUUGUUACGCUAAUUACUGCUGUUCUUUCAUUUCCACAUACUUAUCUUCGUAUGAAUACCAGUGAACUGAUUAAACUUUUAGUUAGUCGCUGUUCUCCAGGAUCUGAUUUCUCUCUGUGUGAUUAUCACUAUAAUACAAGCAAUCCAAUGACUAAAGUAUAUCAGAAUUAUCCUGCCGGACCAUCAUUGUCUACAGCAAUGGUAUUGUUGGCAAUCGCAUUGAUUUUAAAACUUAUUCUAACUGUUUUCACAUUUGGUAUCAAAGUACCGACUGGUUUAUUUAUUCCAUCGUUAGCAGCUGGUGCAAUAAUGGGUCGUAUGUUGGGUAUAGCUACUGAACAACUUGUUGUAGCGUAUGCAUCACAUCCAUUUAUUGUUAAAAUGUGUAAAUCAUCUCAACCGUGUAUUAAUCCGGGACUUUAUGCUAUGGUUGGAGCAGCGGCUACUCUUGGUGGUGUGACUAGAAUGACUAUAUCAUUAGUUGUAGUUAUGCUUGAGUUAACUGGCGGUUUAAAUUAUAUAAUUCCAUUAAUGAUUGCAGCUAUGGUUAGUAAAUGGACUGGUGAUCGAUUAACAAAUGGUAGUAUUUACGAAGAGCAUAUACGAUUAAAUGAUUAUCCAUAUCUUGGAUCGUAUGAUGAAUUAGAUAAUACAUUAGUAGCAGCUGAUGUAAUGCAUCCACGUAGAGAUUCUAAUUCCCCUCUAUAUGUUGUUACACAAUAUGAUAUGACAGUUGGAGAUCUAGACCAAUUGGUUAGUGGAUGUGAUGUUAAAGGAUUUCCUGUCGUUGUUUCACAAGAUUCCCCAUACCUAGUUGGAUGGGUUUCAAGAAGAGAGUUACGUUGGGCUUUGGAUCGUGAAAGAAAAUAUGAUUCAAAUAUUGUCGAUGAUUCGCCAGUUCAUUUUGCUACAUUUCAGGAAGUAUAUGCAGAUGAUAAUCAGGAAUUGACACCUGUCAACUUACAAAAUAUUGUUGAUUUGUGCAUCAAGCUAAACAGACAGGGUUUAGGAAACUAUGUGAUAAGCUAAUAAAUCGAUUACCAGCCUGGGCCGGCUAUGAAAAGUCGACAUUUUACUCAUUUAACCAAAAACGAUCACGGUUGUAUAUAUCACUACCUGUAAAAAUACACACAUGCUUCAAUUGUGAAUAAUUGUCUACAGUAAACUCUUUGUACAAUUUAUCUUUGUUUUUUACUUUUGGUGUUUUGGUCCAGACAGUGUGUAUCAUUUGUAACUUAUUCUAAUUUCAAACCGUUUAAUUGUGUCCUAACUCACUGUUAUUGGCGAUUUAUGUGUCCUUUUACCAUUUAGUCUCCUACAACGGUAUCGGAUCAUACACCGAUGGAAACAGUUUUGGAUUUCUUUAAAAAGUUGGGCCUCCGACAAAUCAUUGUUACACGUAAUGGGUGUCCUCUUGGUGUAUUGACUAAAAAAGAUAUACUUCGUCAUGUUCGUCAUCACAAUCCAAAUAAUCGUUAAACAGUAACUUUUAACAUAACAUUGUUAAUAUCCCUCCGGUUAUCUGCCAUGAUUAUUUUUUGUGCUUCUCUAUACAUGAAACACAUGAGUAUUUGUUCGUUUAUUUAUUUAUUUGUCUCAUUUAACGGAUAAUUUCCAUUGGUUUUUAUUGCACAUUAUCCCUCCAUAAUCCGUCAUUAUAUAUAAUCUGUAAAAUCUUCUUAGAAUGAUUACACAUUCUUUUCAAAAAUUAUCUACGAAUGAUAUAUUCUUAUAUACGUAAUGUAUAAUAAAUGAUCUCUCCUGUUCUAU